CCAAAGUUUCCUUUCUAAAACCCCUUAUCUUGUUGACAACAGAGGAAGAAAAAGCUUCAUUCCUCUGUAUCUACCAUGAGGAAGAACCGACCCGUUUUGGUAUCCAUGGACAUUCCGGCUCUUGAAUUGUCCAACACCAGUAUUCAAUCUUACCCAUCACAACAAUGGAAGAACAAAUUUGUCGGUUCUGCUAGUUUUUCUAAAGAAAUUGGGUGUAAUUUUGGUUGUAUUUCGUUAUCGGAGAAUUUGGAUGAAAAAGCCUUUAAAGGGUUUCAUCCUACAACAACUCAGCUUUUAAAGCACCCUUUGGCUAUGGUUGCUUUGAUUCCCAGAGAAGCUGCAUUGUUUGCUGCAGGUGCUAUUGCUGGUGCCGCUGCAAAAUCUGUUACUGCACCUCUUGACCGUAUCAAGCUCCUCAUGCAGACACAUGGACUAAGAGCUGGGCAAGAAGCUGCAAAGAAAGGAAUCGGAUUCAUUGAGGCAUUUGCAUUGAUUGGGAAGGAGGAAGGUAUCAAAGGAUAUUGGAAAGGAAACCUUCCACAGGUGAUACGGAUCAUACCUUAUAGUGCGGUGCAGUUAUUUGCUUAUGAAACGUACAAGAAACUUUUUCAAGGAAAGGAUGGGGAGCUUUCUGUCAUUGGAAGACUAGCAGCAGGUGCUUGUGCUGGCAUGACUUCUACUUUUGUAACCUACCCACUCGAUGUUCUCAGGUUGAGAUUAGCAGUAGACCCUGGAUAUAAAACAAUGAGUGAGGUUGCUUUAAACAUGCUGAAAGAGGAAGGCUUUGCAUCCUUUUAUAAUGGUCUCGGGCCCUCGCUCAUUGGAAUAGCUCCAUAUAUUGCUGUGAACUUUUGUGUUUUUGACUUGGUGAAAAAAGCUUUGCCAGAAGAGUAUCAGAAACGAACUGAAGCCACUCUGGCUACAGGUUUGAUUUCAGCAACUAUUGCCACUCUAUUGUGCUAUCCAUUGGACACAGUGAGAAGGCAAAUGCAAAUGAAGGGUACACCUUAUAUGACAAUUUUUGAUGCCUUCCCAGGUAUAGUGGCCCGUGAUGGUAUAGUUGGACUCUACAGGGGUUUUGUUCCCAAUGCACUGAAAACUCUCCCUAAUAGCAGCAUUAGGCUUACUACUUUUGACACCGUGAAGCGUUUGCUAGCAAGAAGUGAGGAAGAGUUCCAGAAAAUUAUAGAGGAAAACCGCAGGCAAAAGGCAGAAUAAUUCCCAAGUAGAUCUGAUUCCAUGGAGAUAAUUGAUCUCGUCAUUUUGAAGCAUUGGUUCGACGAGCAAGAAACUUAGCUUCCAGUAAUUACCUAGAGCUUCAUUUUGUAAAACCAGGUUUAGUUGCCAGAAUAGUUAGGUUGGCUUCCUUGUGACAACAAAUAUCUCUGUUAUUUUUAGAGCUCAUUUGAAUGUAUAAUAAUUACUUCAUUCAUUUCUGCAUUUGAA